AUGUACUUCGACGGCUCCAUCACCGAGGCCAGGUCGGGAGCCGGAGUCGUGAUCGAAUCUCCUCAGGGGCAAAAAUGGCAGUUCGCAUUCCAGCUCGACUUCAAAUGCACUAAUAAUCAGGCUGAGUACGAAGCGCUCAUCAUCGGUCUCGAGAUUUUGAAAGAAAUGAAGGCAACCCGUGUUUUAGUCUACGGCGACUCUCAGCUGGUAAUUAACCAGCUGACUAGGGAAUACCAAUGCACGAGCGAGAAUUUAGCCAUGUAUUACGUGACGGCCCUCAACACGGCCGAUGGUUUUUCUAGAAUUUCCUUUGUUCAUGUACCGCGCACCGAGAACGGCAAGGCCAAUGAGAUGGCCCAGGUAACAUCAGGCGUCAACAUCCCGAACAUCGACCACGAUCGCGUGAUAAGGAUUGAAAGGCGUACCUUGCCAGCUUUGGCCGAACGUGGGAUGCCAGCGCAAUUGUCUUCGGUCGAUAUCACCGACGAGAUCAGCGCGGCCGAAGCCGACUGGCGCUACCCCAUUGUGAAAUAUUUACGUAAUCCUUCCGGCAGCCAUGAGAGGACUACACGUUUCCAGGCUCGGUGCUACUUGAUUUAUCAUAACGAGCUGUAUCGAAAGGGAUAA